CUCCACCUGAGAUAAUUUGAAAUUAACGCCAUCUAUUACAGAGAGGUCACUGCACUUCUCUCAUGCCGGUUUUGACAAUUAUCGAUUGGAUAUGACGACGGUGGCGCGACUACACGGUCUCUACUCUAUACGUCAUCGUCAUAUGCCAAUGCCAGAUGCCAUAAUCGAAACAAAUAUGGCCGCAUGGCUCGGUGACAGAGGUUCUUCCGAUAACCUCGUACAAAGUAAUAUCUUGGUGGAAGAUUUUAAUUUAACCAGUGAAUUAAUUAAUGAUUGCCAGUCUUUUGACGACAGUUUCAGUGAUUUUCAAGUGCACAAAGGAAUUAAAAGAGAAGUGGAAAACGUCGCAACUUCAGAAAAUAAAAUCUUAGUUACAGACUCUGGAGAAGCAUCAAGACACAAUGAAUCAAUAUCCGAGAAACAAAACAUUGAUAUACACAAAGCAAAUAUUGUUAAGACCAAAAGAAAAUUGGAGGAAAACAAUUCAGCAAGAUAUAAAUGUGAAUAUGAUGGAUGUGAAAGAACUUACAGCACAGUUGGUAACUUACGGACACACAUGAAAACACACAAAGGUGAUUAUAGAUUUGUAUGUCCAAUUCAAACUUGCAACAAGGCCUUCCUUACCUCAUACAGCCUGAAGAUUCACGUCCGAGCUCACACAAAAACUAAACCAUUUGUAUGUUCUAUUGGAAACUGUAAUAAAGCAUUCAAUACAUUAUACAGAUUAAAAGCCCACCAAAGACUACACAGCGGUGAUACAUUUAAUUGCGAGGAAGAUGGAUGUGCGAAGUAUUUUACAACGCUAAGUGAUCUUAAAAAACACAUUCGGACUCACACACAGGAGAGGCCAUACAAGUGCAGAACAGAUGGUUGUGGUAAAUCAUUCACGGCGUCGCAUCAUUUGAAGGCACACGGGCGGACGCACUCUGGCUCUCGAGCGAAAACCUCUGUUGGAAGUGGUAGAAACUUCAUCACGACGAUAAUAUCGAAACCUCUACUUGAUACUCAACAGAUCGAAGUCGAAACUCCCGCUGUAGAAAUUAUCGAGACCAACGAAUCAACCAAACCGACAAACGAUAGCAUGAAUUGGGACGGUCUCUUAGAAUCCUUCUCGAAAAUCACAACAGAUUCUAACUCAAAUGACGGCAGCUUAAACGAUAUGACCAUAUUAAACCAACUACCUAAUAAUAACGUUGAUAUAACAGAAUUGCUUUUAGGUAAUCCAACUAACAUCGUUAAAUUUAACGAAGCUGAUAAUAUAGCUGUAGAAUUAGAUUUUAACGAUCUAGACUUGCCUGAUAUCACUAAAAAAACUAAUAAUAACACAUGGGUUGAUGUUAAUAAUUUAAAACCUGUUAUUCCAAUAACAGAAGUAUCCAUAGACAACCAGAAAGUAGAAGUGAAAUCUAAUGCUAUUGAAUUAGCUUUAGCCAAUGAAAUAGAAGUACAAUCUCCUUGGGUUGAUGUUAGCGCAUUAGCUGCGUCUAUACAAAACACACCUGUGAGUAUAAAAGAGAAAGCACCAGAGAGUAUAUUCACUCUGGCAACAUUUGUUCCAACGCAUAUGCAAAGUUACAUAGAUUUGACUUCAGAAGUAGCACCUUCAGCAAAUAUUACAUCGCAAAAUUCAUUCGAUCUAGAUAGUCCAACUAUACUAGACGUUAGCCCCAAAGUAUUCAACGAUAGUGAACUAGUUUCUAAUUUCGAUUUUGGUACAACACCGAAACUUGAUACGGAAUUAGAUGUUUUUCUGAAAGAAACUGAUUUAUCUGAGGAUAGACUUUUGAAUACCCCUUCACCAUCAAGAGUUCAACAACAAAUAGAAAUUAAUCCAGCCAAUUCUGUACUAUUUAAUACAGAUUUGGCUUUAGAAGAUACAUUGCUAUUUGAUAAUGAACCACCAUCAGAUAUGUAUGUUGUGAGGACGGAAAAUAUAUUUGGUAAGAAACUUGUUAAAAGGAAUCCUUUGGAGCAAAUUGCAGCUGAUGUGGGCAUAUGUUCAUGCAGUAAUUGCAACUGCAAUCCAGAUGGUGAAUGUAGAAAUAAUUGUGGGGAUAAAUUUGCAAGUGAAACAGCUAAAUCUAACUGUCCAGAUGAUAAAUGUUCUUGCGUUGAUUGUAAAUGUAAUCACGCAGAAAUGAAAUGCGCAGUCGGAUGUGGAAAGGCAACCGAUACGAACCAUAACACAUUUCUGCAUUAUCACAGGAGACAUAAUAAUUCUAAUUUAGAAGAUUUAGGUGUUUAUACGUUGCACGAAUGCGAGCAAACACCAAAAAUGAACUUAGAUGAUUUUACUUGUUCGUGCCAAAGUGAAAAUAGUACAGGGUGUUGUAAAAAACCUAAUGAAUCUAUUGAUUUGUCAAGUGAUAAUUGUUGCAGUGUUAAAGAUAAGAAAAUGUGUUGUGUUACAAUAUGUUUUGAAAAGUUGGAAGCUUUCAAACAAUUUUUAUCGGAUAAUGAUUUUGUGGACGCUCUUAAAACGCACAAUUUUAGCUUAACAGGUCAUUAAUUAGUUGCUUUAAAAUAUUGCAUUUAAUGUUACUAAAAGUAUUACAUUGUACAAAAUGUCUCCCUUUCGCAAUUAACAAGU